UAUGCGACUGCGCAGAGAUGGCACGUCACACUUUCGAGAAACAGAGGAAUGUCUCCAACUAGUUAGCUAGCUGGGUACGAAUUAAAUUAUUUUACUCUUAUAAUGUCGGUGUAUCACGACGAAGUUGAGAUCGAGGACUUUGAAUAUGACGAGGAUGAAGAGACAUACUAUUUUCCCUGCCCAUGUGGCGACAGAUUUGCCAUAACCAAAGAGGAUUUGGAAAAUGGUGAAGAAGUAGCGACGUGUCCGAGCUGCUCGCUCAUUGUUAAAGUAAUCUACGACAAGGAGGAAUUUAUGUCUGGGGAGAUAAUCGAAGCACCAACUACAGAGAGCAGAUUGGAAUUGACUCAGUCCUCCUGACAGCGAUGACACACCCCCUUCAUUUUCUAAUCUCCCAUCAGUAAAAGUGGACCCUGCUGCAUUUGUUUGUGCUCUCAUACAACACAAAGACACAUUAUGAACGAUAUGCAUCACUGGUGAGGUCUGUGAUGGAGAAUUAUCAGCAUUCAUUCACAGAUUCCUGGCAUUGAUUUUGCAGAGUCACGUAAAGGACCCUAACUACUACUAUUUGCACAAUGUAUUUAAAUAAAUAUUGUAUUAUUUUAA